AUGAUUGCUGAAUACAAGACGGCUAGGAUCCAUGAAGAUCAUAACCUUUUUCAUCCGAUAUUGCGACCCUCUGAUAUUGAGAAGACUUUUCCUGGUCAACACAUUCAGUCUUCUCCUUAUGUCGAAAAAGAGCAUUGGCUCAACUUGGAGUCCUUGUCUUUUGGUCAUCGUCUCUUAUCCAUGGCUCUUCAAAGCUUUAUCCCAAAAGAUCCGGUGUAUUAUGCUCAUCUGCCAUACGAGGAAGCCUUUGAUAUUGCGGAAAUCGUACAUUUAGUUCGGGAAUAUGCACGUCAAUACCUCUUGCCUGUUCCAAAUUUUUCUGCCUAUAUCGUGGCAUUUCGCUCUGUCUUACAUUCCCACGUUCAAAGUUCCCAGACCAUGCGUCACAAGCUGGCAGAAAUAGACAAGGGAUCACAUUUAGAAGCCAAUAUUUCUGGCGGUCUGCUGAAAUACUGGUAUGGCGUACCUGACGAUACGUACGGCCAAAACUUGGCUACGUGCUGGUGGGAUUCUAGAAAGAGUGCAAAACUUGGCGGAGCCGGGAAUAUUCAUCGAGAGGGAUUGAAAACCGUCCGAGGAUGGUACAAGGACUGGAAACUCGAGGAAUACAAACUCGAAGUCUUUCAAGAUGGAAACGAUUAUGUUUUCCAACGUCUUUCUUUGUAA